AUGUUUUUUAACAAAAAACUAGCAAAGCCGUCAGUGCCAAAAAUGCCUUUAAAUUUUGGCACUGUAUCACAUUAUGCUCAACCAACUCCACAAUUUAAUCUCGAACCCAAUGCUAUGAAAGUAAUCUCGCCAUUUACUAUCCCGCCCAUGCUAGCACCAGCUGCUGACGAAUGCGCUUUGGAGGAAGACGAUAAAACAAUUGUUUCUGCCUUUUUGGCAACUCGACAUUCACGCGAUAUGCCUUCAUUGGAGACCCUGGUGGCGAUGGAACCGUGGGUGGCCGCGUACAUUGUAGGCAGCAUUCUUUCCAUUCCAGGUAUGCAAAAAACACUCCAAAAACAUUAUUGGGUUAGAGUCACUCCGUUACAAUCAAGCUCUAUCAACACAGUCGAUACCGUUCAAGCUCAACACGCUAUCCAAGUCAACAUAUUUGCAAAGGAAUUAUUGGACUACAGUCUUGCAGUACUACGACAAAAGAGCGAUGAGUCUCCGACUGUACCUGAUUUUAUUAUUUUGGAAUCGUUGGUCGUGUUUAUCAAUCAUGUUGCUACCAUCACAUAUCUGCCAAAAAGGCUUGCAAAAAAGUGCUAUGAUAUACUGAGUGCUUUUGAGCAACACCAGGCCAGAUAUUUUGAUUCGGAAUAUUUUUCAAAUCUUAUUCAAACAGCAAUGUACGGUUAUUUGCAGCACUCGAUCGACAUGGACUUGAGUAUAUUAGUUGAUCAAACAAUCGAUCAAGUCUUGACAUUCAUGACUCCAAUUCAGCUUGAACACAGCGUGGAACGCGAUUAUCGUGAAGUGAUGGUCAUGGCAAAUGUGUUUCUUGAAGCGCUGCCUUGGGAUGUAUCUAAUGCCAGACAUCUCGCUAUUUUGUACGGGCAGCGAGACCAUAUAAAAAGCUGCUUAGAUGAUUGUGAGCUUCGUGAGAUUCAACUUGCCGCACAACAUAUGAUGAGCAACUGCAUGCAUCCUGCAGAUAUUGCGGAAAGUGGCAAAUGGUAUAGACAGUCGGGUGCAAGAAAAGAUCGCGAUGUUCUAGUUGCUGAAGGAUUUGAAAAGGUCAAGGCAGAGGGGAAAAUUAAGCUUACUGGGGAUCUUCUUGCUAAUUACAUCAAACUUAAAAUUAGCAAUAUUCCCCUUGGCCUAAUUCCUGAAUGCUGCAAAGAACUUAUUAUCCAGAUAUGCAACAAGGACGAGUCGUACAAAGAUGAUGUGUGGCUCGAACAAGCAGGCAUAGAUGCGAUUCAACACGUCCUUCUCAUGAAUCCACAGCGAUAUGAAAUAGUACGACUGAUUACUCAGUUGUGCUCGUAUAUCCUUGAACACAGCACAAAAAUUAUUGUUGAGCCAACCGCACUAGCCUCUGUAGUAAAAGUGGACGCUCCUGAACCAAUAGAAGUUAAUUUGCCAACUCAAUCAGAAGAUGGAGAUCAGUCUGUUUCUACUGCACCAAGCGAUGAGGCUGUAAAGCUCAAAAAGGCUCAAAAUCGAUGGCAUAACACAUGGGGUCUACUGCUAUGCAAUCCAAGCCUGCUACCUUCAGAAGAGGAGCUCAGUACAACCCAAUUUUUUUGCAAAACUGUAGCCAACGAUGCUUUAAAAUGUCUAUUGAAUAUAUAA